AUGACACUAAGCUUCUUUGANCAAUUUAUGAGCCCUGUUUUCCUAGGCAUUCCUUUAAUAGCCCUAGCCNUAACCCUCCCCUGAGUUCUCUUCCCAACACCAACAUCCCGAUGACUAAACAACCGGCUUCUAACCCUUCAAAACUGAUUCAUCGGCCGAUUUGCCCACGAACUCUUUAUACCUGUUAAUCUGCCCGGCCACAAAUGAGCCGUCCUAUUAACCUCCCUAAUGUUAUUCCUAAUUUCCCUAAAUAUACUAGGACUCCUUCCAUACACAUUUACCCCUACUACUCAGCUAUCUCUCAACAUGGGACUUGCAUUCCCCCUCUGAUUAGCAACUGUUAUNAUUGGNAUGCGAAACCAACCAACAGAAGCCCUAGGCCANCUNCUUCCAGAAGGAACACCUACACUACUUAUCCCAGUACUAAUUGUCAUCGAAACAAUUAGCUUAUUCAUCCGACCCUUAGCACUUGGAGUGCGGUUAACAGCUAACCUAACGGCUGGACAUCUUUUAAUUCAACUAAUCGCUACAGCAGCAACUGUCCUUCUACCACUAAUGCCAACNGUNGCAAUCCUAACAGCAACCCUNCUUUUCCUUCUAACACUUCUAGAAGUCGCUGUCGCAAUAAUCCAAGCUUACGUAUUUGUCCUACUCCUAAGCCUCUACCUACAAGAAAACGUCUAA